AUGUCGACGACAAAGACCUUCGGCUCCGGUUCCCGGGAAAUUCCUGCCAACAAGGCUUCGAAGUGGUACCCUACAACGGACGUUUCACAGCCAAAGAAGGCUACGACGACGACGGUGUCACUAUCGGUGACAUGGUUGGUUAUGAUGGAUAUAGAGAAACUGGAGGGACUGGAAGCAAUGAGAGCGCCGACAUAUGACGGAACACCGUGGCAAUCAUCAAUACACAAAAUUUGGGGUUUUCAGAGGACUAAUAAGUUGGAUUUUUCGAUAUCACAGGCUCGCAAGACCCAGCACCCAGCCAAGCUGAGGGAGUCCCUUGUCCCAGGAACCGUUCUCAUAAUCCUCGCCGGACGUUUCCGAGGCAAGCGUGUCGUCUACCUUAAGCCACUUGAGGAUGGUGUUCUCCUUGUCACCGGUCCAUUCAAGCUUAAUGGUGUCCCAAUCCGCCGCGUCAAUGCUCGUUAUGUCAUUGCUACCAGCACAAAGAUUGAACUCCCAAGCUUAGAUUUGGUCAAGUUUGAUGACAAGUACUUCGCUAAGGAGGAAUCCAAGAAGAGCGGAGAGGAGGAAUUCUUCGAUGCUGCUAAGGCUGCCAGCGAGAAGAAGACUCUUCCAGAGAACCGAAGCGCCGACCAGUCGGAGGUUGACAAGGCUCUCCUUUCAGUCAUCAAGCAAACCCCACAGCUUACUUCGUACUUGAAGUCCACCUUCAGCUUAAGCAAGGGUGACAGACCUCACCUCAUGAAGUGGUAG